AUGGCUGCCCGUCCCGCCAAGAGGCAGCGCAAAUUGGUCGUCCUUUCAUCGGACGAGGAGGCCGAGUUCCAGACAGCGACCGAUAAGGAUUCUGGGCUUACGAGGCCAUUGAAAUUGAGCACUUCUUCGAAGUCCACCGCUGCACCGUCCCUUCCUUCGCGAUCGAAAGCGACUCGGACCUCUACUACAUCUCCCUCUGGCGUUCGCAACACCUCCCGGACAACAUCAGCUUCCCCGACUAAGAAAGGAAAGAAGAGGCUUGCAGACACGAAACAGCAUGAGACUUCGUCGAAGUCGCUACAUAGUUUUUUCCAACCUGCCACCGAGGAGCAGCGUUGGUCAUCACGAAAAUCGGAGACCAAAUCUUUACCAGAGCAGGCGUUAGACGAGGUUGAAGACAAGGAAGAUCUGAUUGAGGAUGACUAUAGCUCUUGCGAAGAGAUCUUCGCAGACCAGCUGGCCAAGGAAACAAGUGCCGGAAAUGGUGGCAAUGCUUCGAGUCAAGGUCCAAGGAAACAAGCAUCGCGUUCGUCCUCCCAAAGUGACCAUACCAACAACAAGUUCUCUCGCCCCAAGAAACGCUUCCUUUUGCCCGCGAGUCCGAACAUCCAGGGUCCUCGUGAGCACGUCAAUGCAGGAGCAAAAUCGAAGGAGGCUGAUGGGCGUCCUUGGCCGGAGCGCUAUGCUCCUUCUAAUCUUGAUGAACUAGCAGUUCACAAGAAGAAAGUGGCUGAUGUGCGAAAUUGGCUGGCUGAUGUUUUUGCCGGGAAAAAUAGACGUGUGUGUGUAUCCUCCCUAAAAUCUCAUCCGGAAGCCCGGAGAAUGCUUGUCCUGCAUGGUCCGGCAGGCAGCGGUAAGACAACAACUGUGUCGUUGUUGUCGAAGGUCUUAGGAUUCGAUAUCGUGGAGUGGAAGAAUCCAUUGGGUGCCGAACAAUCCAGUCAGGGGUAUACGUCCUUGAGUGCGCAGUUCGAUGAAUUUCUCGGGCGGAGCAAUAUAUUCGGUGGCCUUGAUUUGGAUGAUAGUGCUGGUCUUGAUACGACAGCGCAAGAUUCUCAAAAAUCCCCGAUGCAGCGAGUCAUUUUGAUCGAAGAGUUCCCCAGUGUGCUAGCCCGAAGUUCGUCUGCUCUUUCUGCGUUCAGAUCUUCCCUACAUCGAUAUUUGGCGGCAAGUCUAUCAAACAGGAACUCGGCGAACAUGGCACCUCCGAUAGUAAUUAUAAUUUCGGAGACGCUCUUGAGCACGACCGCUGUGAUAUCGGACAACUUUACUGUACAUCGACUGCUCGGACCAGAAAUAUGCAAUCAUCCGGGGACCAGCAUUAUCGAGUUCAACCGGAUUGCGCCUACAUUUAUGUACAAAGCACUUGAUCUUGUCCUCAAGAAGGAGGCUCGGCACUCAAUGCGGAAAAGGAUUCCUAGCCCCGCCGUUCUCAAGAAAUUCUCAGAGUUGGGUGACAUCCGAAGCGCUAUAUCCUCUCUGGAAUUUUUAUGUCUCCGAGGGGAUGAAAAUGGAGAUUGGGGAGGCAGAGUAGCUGCCAAACUGAAAAAUCCCAGUCGUGAGAGCGCUGCACUAACUCCAAUGGAGAAGGAGUCACUUGAGAUGGUGACACAGAGGGAAGCCAGUCUUGGUUUGUUCCACGCAGUAGGGAAGGUAGUCUACAAUAAGCGCGAAGAUCUAGGCUCAACACAACAAGGCAGAGCCGAGCACGGUGCGCCUCCCGAACAUUUGCGUCAGUUUGAACGUCCGAGAAUAUCGCAGGUCUCUAUCGAAGAUCUUAUCAACGAGACAGGGACCGAUAUCCAGACCUUCAUCUCGGCUCUGCACGAGAAUUAUGUGCCGUCUUGUGAUGGGCCAUCCUUUACCGACUGCCUCGAAGGGUGCAUCCAGUCUCUAUCUGACAGUGAUGUCCUAGGGUCCAAUAGUCGCAGUGGCUUACAAGCAAGCCGGACAGGAGUCGGGGUUGCUCGCAGCCAUCAUCAGGGCUACGGUGCAAGCAUUGAUACGUUGCGACAGGACGAGAUCAGCUUUCACGUUGCCGUACGAGGACUUCUCUUUUACCUUCCUGAUCCUGUCAGGAGACGAGUAGGUCAAUCAGCCUCUGGCGGCCGCAUCGUUGAUGCAUACAAGAUGUACUUUCCGACCUCACUGCGGCUAUGGAAGGAGACCGAGGCAUUGGAAGGUUUGAUAGAUGUCUGGGAACGACGACUGUUGGAUCCAGCGGCUGCACCGAAGAAUGUUAGAGGCCCAAUAUCUGGACGAACAGGCGUGGAAUCUUGGAAAGCUGCCGAGAUCAACCAGACUCCCUUUCCUGGUAGCGAAAACCACCAUUCCCAAGAAAUGGUCGCAACCAUGAUGUCUCGUGACGACAUUCUGCUUCACCAUCUUCCAUACAUGGCGAAGAUUUGGUCUAACAGGGCCGAAACCGGAGAACUGGAUAGGAUCACUCAGUUCCGGGGUAUUGGGUUUCCAAACGAUGAGAUCCCAAGCGAUGAGCUCGACGACUUUGAGCCCUCAUCCGUCACUGACUGGGCAACCGAUCCCGAGGUUUCGAUUCCCGAAGAACGUCGUCGGCCAUUAGGGCGCCAGCAGGCUUCUUCUAGCAGCAGCGCCUUUGGACCAAAGCUGCCACCGCCUGUCGAAGAGGCAGUUGAGAAGUUGAUUUUGAGUGAUGAUGAUAUUGAAGAUGAUUGA